AACACAACAAAAUGGCCGCCGCAUCGCUGGACGCCUGAAGGGAACAACCUGCGCGUCUCCCGCCCCGCCUCGUCCCGCGGGCCCGCUCGGAUCGGCUCCUCGGCGUCUUACAGGAGCUAUGGCGACCCAGAGAGGGGACCUGAGAAUGCAUUGUGACUUUGGAGCCAUCACUUGGUCUUUCACGUUACAAUUCAUAAAAGAAAGGAGUUGACCUAGAUUUCCCAAAUCCAUUGUUUUGAUGGACACCUGGCUUUAUUCUUGCCAUGAAGAAAGGUUCUCAGCAAAAAUUUUCCAAAGCAAAGAUGCCCCCAUCACCUCGUUCUCCUAGUUCACCAUCCCUCACGUCCAAUAUGAGAUCUAGGUCACUUUCACCUUUAAGUGGAUCUGAGACUCUGCCUUUUCAUUUUGGAGGACAGUGGCAUGAGCAAGGUGAGAUCACAGAUGAAAACACUAUGCUUCUGGACUACCAAGACCAUAAAGAAGCUGAUUCACAUGCAGGAGUCCGAUAUAUUACAGAGGCCCUUGUUAAAAAACUUACUAAACAGGACAAUUUGGCCUUGGUAAAAUCUCUGAACCUUUCACUUGCUAAAGAUGGUGGCAAGAAAUUUAGGUAUAUCGAAAAUUUGGAAAAAUGUGUUAAACUUGAAGUACUGAAUCUCAGCUAUAAUAUAAUAGGGAAGAUUGAGAAGAUGGACAAGCUGGUAAAAUUACGUGAACUCAACUUAUCAUAUAACAAAAUCUGCAAAAUUGAAGGCAUAGAAAAUAUGCAUAAUUUGCAAAAGCUAAACCUUGCAGGAAAUGAAAUUGAACAUAUCCCAAUAUGGUUAGGGAAGAAGUUAAAAUCUUUGCGAAUCCUCAAUCUGAAAGGCAACAAGAUAUCAUCGCUCCAAGAUGUAAGCAAGUUGAAACCACUUCAAGAUUUGACUUCUCUGAUCCUACUUGAAAAUCCAGUUGUGGCCCUUCCUCAUUACAUCCAGUUUACCAUUUUUCACCUUCGCUCAUUGGAAAGUCUGGAAGAUCAGCCAGUAACUACUCAGGACAGACAGGAAGCUUUUGAGAGAUUCAGUUUAGAAGAGGUAGAGAGACUGGAAAGAGACCUGGAAAAGAAGACAACGGAAACUGAAGAGCUUCGGAGCGCACAGACAAGGUUCCUUGAGGAAAUUAAAAGUCAAGAUAAAUUGAACAAAUCACUGAAAGAGGAGGCCAUGUUACAAAAACAGAGCUAUGAGGAGCUGGAGAGUAACCUAAACACGAAAAAUGAAUUGCCCUUGUCUUGGUUUCUUGCAGAGCAUUUUCUGCCGAUUCUUUAUUCUUCCUUAAAGCUAAAACAGAAGACCAUGGAACUAAUGCGAGCGUGUCAAAAACAGUAUGAGAUGGAACAGGAAUUGGCCUUUUAUAAAAUUGAUGCCAAAUUUGAGCCACUAAAUUAUUAUCCAUCAGAGUAUGUCGAAAUUGAUAAAACCCCAGAUGAAAGUCCCUACAUUGGCAAAUCCAGAUAUAAGAGAAAUAUGUUCACUACAGAGAGUUACAUUAUUCCAAAUGCCCAGACCAUAAAGAUCGUAAGGAUGGAGCCAGAUGAAGGGGAACAACUCAAAAACGAGCACGUGAACUUGAGAGCCCAUACGCCACUGGACAUACAACUGGAAGACAAAGAAAAAAAAAUAAGUGCAGCUAAAUGGAAAACAGGAAAGGCCAGUAGAGAGGCUGACUUGGAGAGGGGAGAAGAGAGACCUGAGAUAUCCAUCUCAUACACUCUGUACAAAGUUCUGGAAGAGGAAAGCAGAAAUAAAUCAGCGCAAACUCGACUAUCAGAACUACAUGAUGAAAUAGAAAAGGCAGAACAACAAAUUUUAAGAGCUACUGAGGAAUUUAAACAACUGGAAGAAGCGAUACAGCUUAAAAAAAUUUCAGAAGCAGAGAAAGAUCUUCUUUUCAAGCAGUUGGGUAGUAGGAUACAGCUUCUCAAUAAGUUACGCCAAGAAGUUGUGGAUCUCGAAACACAGAUGGAAAAGCAAAGGCAAGAAAUUGCUGAAAAGCAGAAUGAGAUCAAGGACCUGCAAAUAGCCCUAGAUAGCCUGGAUUCCAGAGACCCAAAACAUUGCCAUAUGAAGGCUCAGAAAAGAGGUAAAGAACAACAACUUGACAUCAUGAACAAGCAGUGCAAACAACUUGAAAGCCGUUUGGAUGAGAUACUUUCUAGAAUUGCCAAAGAGACUGAAGAGAUUAAGGACCUUGAACAACAGCUUACUGAAGGACAAAUAGCAGCAAAUGAAGCCCUGAAGAAGGAUUUAGAGAGUGUCAUCAGUGGGUUACAAGAAUACCUGGAGACUAUCAAAGGCCAGGCAACCCAGGCCCAGAAUGAGUGCAAAAAGCUACAGGAUGAGAAAGAGACAUUGCUCCAGAGAUUGAGUGAGGUCGAGCAGGAAAGGGACCAACUGGAAAUAGUUGCCAUAGAUGCAGAAAAUAUGAGGAAGGAGCUCGCAGAACUGGAGAGUGCCCUCCAGGAGCAGCAUGAGGUGAAUGUAUCCCUGCAGCAGACCCAGGGAGAUCUCAGUGCCUAUGAGGCUGAGCUAGAGGCUCAGCUGAAAAUACGGGAUGCUGAAGCCAGCCAGCUCAAGGAGGAGUUGGAAAAACUUAGAAGGUUCAGCCAGUUAGAACAGUCGGCCCUUCAAGCAGAACUUGAGAAGGAAAAGCAAGCCCUCAGGAAUGCCCUCAGAAAAGCCCAGCUCUCCGAAGGAAAGGACCAAGAAAACAGCGAGCUCCGCACACAACUUAAACAGCUGCAGGAUGACAAUGACCUGUUAAAACAGCAACUUAAAGAUUUCCAGAAUCACCUUAACCAUGUGGUUGAUGGUUUGAUUCGUCCAGAAGACGUGGCAGCUCGUGUGGAUGAGCUAAGGAAAAAACUGAAGUCAGGAGCCGGGGAAAUGAGAAUCCAUACUCCUUCAGAUGUCUUAGGGAAAAGUCUUGCUGAUUUGCAGAAACAGUUCAGUGAAAUCCUUGCACGCUCCCAGUGGGAAAGACAGGAAGCACAAGUGAGAGAGAGAAAACUCCAGGAAGAAAUGGCUCUGCAACAAGAGAAACUGGUGAACGGACAAGAGGAGUUCAGGCAUGCCUGCGAGAGAGCCCUGGAAGCGAGAAUUAGUUUCGAUAAGAGGCAGCACGAAGCGAGAAUCCAACAGUUGGAGAAUGAAAUUCACUAUUUGCAAGAAAAUCUAAAAAGUAUGGAGGAAAUCCAAGGCCUUACAGACCUCCAACUUCAGGAAGCUGAUGAAGAGAAGGAGAGAAUUCUGGCCCAACUCCAGGAGUUAGAGAAAAAGAAGAAACUUGAAGAUGCCAAAUCUCAGGAGCAGCUUCUCGGCUUAGACAGAGAAUUAAAGAAACUAAAGAAAGCCGUGGCCGCCUCUGAUAAGCUGGCCACAGCUGAGCUCACCAUUGCCAAAGACCAGCUCAGGUCCCUUCAUGGAACUGUUAUGAAAAUUAACCAAGAGCGAGCAGAGGAGUUGCAGGAGACGGAGAAGUUCAGCAGACAGGCAGCGCAGGCGGCCAAGGAUCUGACCCGAGCAGAAGCUGAGAUUGAACUCCUGCAGAACCUUCUCAGAGAUAAAGAGGAGCAGUUUCGACUUGAGAUGGAGAAAGUAGAUGUAGGCCCUGGAGUAGCAAACUCACACGUGCUGGAGAUGGAGAAACUAAAUGAGACGAUGGAGAGGCAAAGGACAGAGAUCACAAGGCUGCGGAAUUUACUAGACCUCACCGGGGCUGGUAACAAAGGAAGCUUUGAAAAUGUUUUGGAAGAAAUUGCUGAACUUCGACGUGAAGUUUCUCAUCAGAACGAUUACAUCAGCAGCAUGGCAGAUCCUUUCAGAAGACGAGGCUACUGGUACUUUAUGCCACCACCAUCAUCAUCAAAAGUUUCCAGCUAUAGUUCCCAGGCCACCAAAGACUCUGGUGUAGGCCUAAAGUACACAGCCUCAACUCCUGUUAGAAAACCAUGUCGCGGAUGGCAGGAUGGAAAGGAGGAGAGUGGGCCUCCACCUGUCUCAGGAUACUGGGUUUAUUCUCCCAUCAGGAGUGGGUUACAUAAAUCAUUUUCAAAUAGAGAUGCAGACAGUGGAGGAGAUAGUCAGGAAGAGAGUGAGCUGGAUGACCAUGAGGAACGCCCAUUCGUGCCUCCUUCUGGAUACAUGAUGUAUACUGUGUUUCCCGAUGGUUCUCCUGUUCCCCAGGGCAUGGCCCUGUAUGCACCACCUCCUCCCCUGCCCAACAACAGCCAGCCUCUCAGUCCUGGCACUGUUGUUUAUGGCCCACCUCCUGCUGGAGCCCCCAUCGUGUAUGGGCCUCCGCCCCCCAACUUCUCUGUCCCACUCAUCCCUGUGGGGGUGCUGCAUUGCAACGUCCCGGAACACCAUAACUUGGAGAAUGAAGUUUCUAGAUUAGAAGACAUCAUGCAGCAUUUAAAAUCAGAGAAACAGGAGCAGUGCACGAGAGCAUCCAAGCGGCAGUCGGUGAAAGAAUUGGAAGAGCUGCAUCGUAAUAUUGAUGGUCUUUUGCAAGAGAAGAAAGACUUAGAGCAUGAAGUAGAAGAAUUACAUGAUACCAUCCAGAAACAUAAACAGCGAAAAGACUUCCUUGAUGGAAAUGUCGAGAGUCUUAUGAACGAACUAGAAAUAGAGAAGUCACUCAAACACCAUGAAGAUAUCGUGGAUGAAAUUGAGUGCAUCGAGAAGACCCUUAUGAAACGUCGAGCAGAACUCAGGGAAGCUGACCGGCUGCUGGCGGAGGCCGAAAGUGAACUUUCACGCACGAAGGAGAAAACAAAAGAUGCUGUUGAGAAGUUCACUGAUGCCAAGAGAAAUCUAUUGCAAAUCGAAAAAGAUGCUGAGGAGUUAGAAAGGAGAGCCCAGGAAACUGCUGUUAACCUUGUCAAAGCUGACCAGCAGCUCAGAUUACUCGAGGCUGACGCAAAGGGUUUGGAGCAGCACAAAAUGGAGCAAGAAGAAACUUUGAAAGAAAUAAACAAAGUUGUUGCAGCAAAAGACUCCGACUUCCAGUGCCUGAACAAGAAGAAGGAAGUACUGACCGGAGAGCUGCAGAAAUUGCAGAAGGACAUCGAGGCUGCACAACACAAUGAGGAUCACCACCUGCACGUCCUGAAAGAGUCAGAGACCCUCCUGCAGGCCAAGAAAGCUGAGCUGGAAAAGCUGAAAAGCCAGGUAUCCGAUCAGCAGCAAGAACUGGCCGUCUUGGACAGGGAGUUAGGGCAUAAAAAGGAAGAGCUGCGUCUACUCCAGGGAAGCAUGGUCCAGGCCAAAGCUGACCUCCAGGAGGCGCUGAGACUGGGAGAAACUGAAGUAACUGAGAAGUGCAAUCAUAUUAGGGAAGUAAAAUCUCUUCUGGAAGAACUGAGUUUUCAGAAAGGAGAACUCAAUGUCCAGAUUAGUGAAAAAAAAACUCAACUUGCACUCAUAAAGCAGGAAAUUGAAAAAGAGGAAGAAAAUCUUCAGGUAGUUUUAGGGCAGAUGUCUAAACAUAAAACUGAACUAAAGAAUAUUCUGGACAUGCUGCAACUUGAAAGCAAGGAGCUGCAAGGUUUGAAGCUACAACAUGAGCAAAAGUUGUCCGAGUUAGAGAAGACUCAGGUCGAAGUGCUGGAGGAGAGACUGGAGUUAGAGAAUCUGCAGCAGACAGCCCUGCAACAGAAAGGGGAAAUUGAGUGGCAGAAGCAGGUCCUCGAGAGGGACAGACGGGAAAUAGAGCGGAUAACUGCUGAGACCCGAGUGCUACAGUCGUGUGUUGAGUCUUUGAGCAAAGAAAAGGAAGAUCUCGAAGAAAAAUGUGACAGCUGGGAAAAGAAGUUGGCACAGAGCAAACGGGUUUUGGCAGCUGCAGAAGAGAAUAGCAAAAUGGAGCAGGCAAACUUAGAGAAGCUGGAAUCGGAUGUCAGAAACCUGCAGCAGGGGCUGGACCGACUGCACAGAGAGAAGCUCUCACUGCACAAAGACAUGGCAGCCACGCAGCAGCAGCUCCGAGAAAAACAAGAAGCAGUAAACUCACUACAGAAAGAACUAGCUGAUGUCCAAGACCAUCUGAACCUAGCGAAACAGGACCUGCUUGACAUCGCCGAGCAGAAGGACGUGCUGCUCAGCGAGCAGACCGGGCUCCAGAAGGACGUCGAGGAAUGGAGGAAGAAGCUCGAAGACUGCCAGAAAGAAGGGGAGACAAAGCAACAACAGCUUCAAGUGCUUCAGACGGAGAUUGAAGAAACCAAGGCGAAGCUAGCCCAACAAGAAACGAUGUUUCAGAGACUCCAGAAAGAGACAGAAUGUGAAGAAAAGAAGUUAGAAGCCAGUAAGGCGACUCUGAAGGAGCAGCAGCAAGAGCUGGAAAAGGAAUUAACGAAGCAGAAGAGCAAGCUGGACCAGGUGCUCACAAAGGUGUUGGUGGCGGAGGAGCGUGUCAGGGCUUUGCGGGAAGAGGAGAGGUGGAGUGAGACCCUGGAGAAAGCGCUCUCCCAGACCAAACGACAGCUUUCGGAACGGGAGCAGCAACUAACGGAAAGGUCAAGUGAGCUACUGACUCUCCAGAAAGAGGCGGACUCUAUGAGGGCAGACUUCAGCCUCUUGCGGAACCAGUUCUUGACAGAAAGGAAGAAAGCCGAGAAGCAGGUCACCAGCCUGAAGGAAGCACUUCGGGUCCAGCGGAGCCAGCUGGAGAAGAACCUUCUGGAGCAAAAGCAGGAGAACAGCUGCAUGCAGAAGGAAAUGGCAACAAUCGAACAGGUGGCCCAGGACAACCACGAGCGGGCCAGGCGCCUGAUGAAGGAGCUCAGCCAGAUGCAGCGCGAGUAUGUGGAUCUCAGGAAACAGAUGACACACCAAAAAGAUUUGGAGAGAAGACAAAUGGAAAUCAGUGAGGCAAUGAGAUCACUUAAAUGUGAGGUGAAGGAUGAAAUCAGAACCAGCCUGAAGAAUCUCAACCAGUUUCUUCCAGAACUACCAGCAGAUCUGGAGGCUAUUUGGGAAAGGAAUGAAAACCUAGAGGGAGGGUUGGAAAGCUUGAAAGAAAACUUCCCAUUCACCGUGAGUGAGAGACCAUCACCUUUUGAAGAAAAACUGAAUUUUUCCCAGAUUCACAUAAUGGAUGAACACUGGCGUGGAGAGGCACUCCGAGAGAAACUGCGUCACCGUGAAGAUCGACUCAAGGCCCAGCUUCGACACUGUAUGUCCAAGCAAGCAGAAGUGUUAAUUAAGGGGAAGCGGCAGACAGAGGGCACUUUACACAGCCUGAGGAGACAGGUCGAUGCUCUGGGGGAAUUGGUCACCAGCACCUCUGGAGACUCCACGGCGUCACCCAGUCUGUCUCAGACAGAGUCUUCCCUUGCUGAGGACUCUCAACCUGGACCGAGCCAGAGCUCCUUCCAGGUUCUACAGGGUCCGUCACAAUUUCUGGACAGUUACCGACACUGAUGCCAUUCCCAGCUCCCGGCUCAUGGGGGAAGAGAACUGUUCAGCCAGAUGCGGAAACCUAUCUGAGGAAAUACCUUCUCUACCUCACUUCGUAACUGGAGUGCCGCUUGGUUUUUAUCAAGAUCCAGUGAACUCAGAUGCUGCACCUCCACUGUAGCUUACCCCACCUGUAUCGUUAAAUGCCAGGGUUUUUGUAAAUCACAUGUACAUAUGGGAAUCGUUGUGUACAACUUAAACCAGGGUCCUAGAUGGCUGAGGGUUUUGUUUUUUUUAUCUUUGAAUGUGUUGCCAUAAAACUACCGCUGAUUGUAAUUGCAAAUUGGAAGCUGUAAACUGGUGAAAUUAUAGCUACGUAGAGAAAAAAACAAUGUACUCGAGCCCUUCAUUUAUAGUGUCAAAUUUUAUUUUUGGAUUUUGCUUAAAAUCUAUUUUCAUAUGAAAAUAAAAGAUAAAAUAGUCUGUCAUCUGACUUUACAUUUCGUAGAUCUACAGUAAAGCCAUCAAAUUUGUACCUUAACGCCAAGAAAACGGCCAUCUUCCAAAUGGUUUUCCAUCUUUUGCCUGAAGUAUGUUGUAUCUGUCAAUGAACAUACACCAUAUGGAAAUCUAUUAUAAGACUACACUUCGGGUGCUUUUUCUCAACCAAAAAUAUUCUUUGGUGGAAAAUUAGUAGAAUCUGACCCAGUGGUAAAUUCAAAUUGUGUUCAGACUUUUAAGGUUUUGAACUACUAUAAUUAAUGGCUCGACUCCAUGAUCUACAAAUACAUCAUUUCAGAACAAGAAUAGCAACUCCUGUCACAAAAAACCACGUGGCAACAGAAUCACCUUCAUGGUUAGGUGAAGUACGAAACUACAGGUUAUAGAUGAGGUUUUAAAAUACUGCCAAGGACUAUUUUCUAGGCCCGUAGACAGCUUCUGAACCAGAACAGUACAGAACAGCGCAGUGCAAUAACCCCUCACCACUCACAGAGGUUUGUUAUGCCCAAGGUGUUUGGCCAGACCUGGACCAGUAAGAUAUGGGAUAGACAUAAUUACAAUCAAGAUAAUGAAAGUGGCAUAAAAUCUAUUAACACUCAGAAAGUUCUAAAAGGCAUCUACUUCCAAAAUAAAAAUGGAUUUGGUGGUGUCUUUUGUAA